AUGCUGCAAAACAUUCUACAAAGCACCGGACAUUGUCCCCGCAACAAUAGUGCCCAGAUUGAGGAACUUUUCUGUCUUACAGAACCAAGGGGACCGAUUGCAUUUGCAAUGCAGCACGAUUUAGAAAAAGCUUUGGAUCGUGCGGACUAUCUCAUUGAAAGUGUCCAAGAGAGACCUCCUAAAAGGAAACACUCAUCUUCUGAAAGGAAGUCCAUAUUUCAGAAGCUUUAUGACAUAUAUACUGAAGAAUGUGAAAAAGAGACCGAGGGUUUGGAGGGACUAAGAACAAAUGUGAACCUGCUAGAGAAGCUUGUUGCUCGAGAGAAGUUGGCCUUUUAUUCUGGAUGUGUCAUUGCAGAAAUUCGUGACUAUAGGCAGUGCAGUAACAUGCACUAUUCUAACUGUCAAAGUAGACAUAUUCUCUUACGACCAACAAUGCAGACUUUAGUCCAUGAUGUGCAUUCCUUAACAAACGAUGGCCAUGAAUGGACCCAGGAGGACAAACUUGAGCUGGAGAGCCAGCUGCUCUUGGCCACAGCUGAGCCCCUGUGUCUUGAACCAUCUGUAGCCGUAGCCUGCACUGAAAAUAGACUGCUUUAUAACAAGCAGAAGAUGAACACUCACUCAAUGAAGCAGUGUUUCCGGAGGUACUCUAUAACCUCUCAGACCCAGCAGACCAAGUUGCUUGACUCUCCACCACCAUCUCAGUUCAGGUCAUUCCCUUCUUGCUCCAAAAUUAAAAAUAGAAAAGUCAGCCAGCCAUUUGACCUCAAAAUUUCCAAAGUUGGCAGUUGUGUGGAUGCAUGGAAACAACAUUCUCCUGACCUGGCAGUGCCUUCGCAAGUGGACUUGGACAAAUAUGCCAAAGAACCAAAGUUUCCCAAGCCUACUGACUCAAAAUCACCUGACAGGGCACACUGUGGGGCAGAUGCCAGUGACUCCAUUGACAGUGAUGCUGGUACUCAGGGUCAAAAAGUGAAACUGCAUGUCAUGCAGUCCCUUGAUGACCCUCUUGUCUCUGGGAUGAUACCACCCUAUGAAGCUGAGGAAAAUGUUAAUACGAUGUCCCCAUUUCAAUUCUCUGUAGAUCAUUACUUAGGUUGGUUCCUGAAUGAACCACAGACUACUGCGGAGAAUGUGGUCAAUCAGAACCAGGACAAGGGUCAGAAGGAAGCCAAACGUCCAGCCAAGAUGUCACUGAGCUUGAAUGACACAGCCAAUGUGAGUCAACCAUCAAAGAAGGACCUAGAAUCACCUCCAAGAGUGUCAUCCCAGUCUUCAGCAGUGAGGAAGGAGGUGACACUGCCACCUUCACCCAUCAGGCUUUUCUCAAGCCCAGGCACUACUUCCUCAGUGAAGUCUUCUCCUGCACAGCAGGCAAGGGCCACUCUGCAAUCUCCAAGACCUUCUGCCUCUGAGCCACCAGUUCCUUCUCAGAAAUCAUCUGUGGACCUCAUUGGUGUUCCCGUGCUUUCUCCAACAGUUCUGUCAGCUGCCAAAUCACUGCCAAAAUCUAAGACCACGCCAGCCAUGGAAAGUUCUGUCAGACAAAAGUCCAGCAAGUCGGUGGGGUCUGGUCUUAGAGCCUGGACUUCCAAGAGUGGUGAGCAAUACAUGCUGGGCUGUAGCCCUACUGCCAGUACCCCUGCAAAAACCACCCCAGUCAAUAGCAGUGAACCUUCAGGAAUUACACUUCCAACUCCAGUGUCUGGUGCAGUGCCAGUGUCUAGUGCAGUGCCAGUGUCUAGUGCAGUGCCAGUGCCUGUUGUAGUGCCAGUAUCUGGUGCAGUGACAGUAUCUGGUGCAGCACCAUUGUCUGUUGCAGCGCCAGUGCCUGGUACAGUGCGAGUGCCUGGUGCAGUGAGAAUGCCUGGUACAGUGACAGUGUCUGGUGCAGUGACAGUGCCUGAUGCAGUGCAGGUAGUUUCUCAAGCAGGUGUUCCAAUUAUUUUUAAAAAGGCUCCCAGCACAGAUCCUGCCACUGUGUUACAGCUUCCACCCGGUCAGCUCUUCCUCGUCUCUGAGCAGCAGUCCUCUCAGGUCACUCCACAACCCUCUCAGCCUCCCACAACUCGACCUCAACAGACAGGAGGACAGGACUCUGCACAGGGAUCAAGGGUUGUGGCACAGGCCUUACCUGUAAAGCCAGCCAUUGCCAUUAACCUUUCAGAAGCACAGCAUGGUGGUGUAUCAUCCCAGAGAGCUGAACAAAGCCUUCCUCAGCAGACAACCCACAACCUUACUUCAGUUCUACAGCAGGAGCUACAGUUGAAAAUCACACAGCGUCCAAUGUCUUUGUGUGAUGCAGCCACCCAGACAACUCCAUCCCAACGUCACAAGCCUUCUGCCACCAACCCUUCGAAAGAAAAGGAAAUUGACCUGGCACUAAAGAGAUUAGUGGAUAUGGUGAUGUGCUACCGGUCUUGUUAA